CCCAUGAUGGCCGGGCUGACAUAUCAGCUGCUCCUGUCUGGGACUUUGCUGUUUGGGUUGGUGAUCUUCACAGCUUCCCAAAGACGAACUGAAGAACAGUUCAGAAUGAAGCCCAACUUCAUCAUCAUAUUGGCAGAUGAUAUAGGAUGGGGCGACCUGGAUGCUAACCAACCAGAGAAACACACAAAUAAUACGCCAAACCUUAACCAGAUGGCCCAGCAAGGGCUCAGAUUAACAGACUUCCAUUCCCCUGCUUCUACCUGCUCUCCAUCACGUGCUGCUAUCCUUACAGGCCGUUAUGGCCUCAGAAAUGGAGUCACUCAUAACUUCGGUGUAAAUUCUGUGGCUGGACUCCCUCUUUCUGAAGUUACGUUGCCCCAGCUCCUGCAGCAGGCUGGUUAUUACACCGCUCUCAUUGGGAAAUGGCACCUGGGACACAACGGACCCUACAGUCCAAACAACAGAGGGUUCGAUUACUACUUAGGUAUUCCUUACAGUAAUGACAUGGGCUGCACUGACAAACCAGGAUACGAUCGACCCCCGUGUUUACCUUGUGUUUCAUCAGAACCUCAAGUAAUCAGACAGAGAAGGAGUGGGCAUGGUGGCUGUUAUUCCAAGGUGGCCCUUCCUCUGGUUGAAAACGGCUCUAUUUUGGAGCAGCCGCUUGACCUUUGGGCGCUCACAGAGAAGUACAAAUCUGCUGCACUCAGGAUAAUACGCAGUGCAAGAGAGCGAGCACAGCCAUAUCUUCUUCUACUGGCAUCAGCUCACAUGCACGUCCCACUCGCGCCCACGGUGCCUGACUCUUCAGGUGACUUGGUGUAUGCUGCCAGCCUGCAAGAACUCGACAGUGUGGUUGGGGCAUUGAAGGCUGCUGCUGAUGAAAAGGAUAAAGAAAAUACUUUAAUCUGGUUCACUGGUGACAAUGGCCCAUGGGAACAAAAAUGCCAGUUUGCAGGAAGCGCCGGGCCUUUCACUGGAAAGUGGCAGACAAAUAGAGGUGGGGGUUCAGCUAAGACGACCACCUGGGAGGGCGGUCACAGGGUGCCCACUGUGGUAUAUUGGCCAGGCAGGAUCCCUGCAAACACCAGCAGCUCAGCUCUACUCAGUGGUAUGGACAUCUUUCCAACUGUUCUGUCCAUGGCAGGGGUAGUGCCCCCUUCAGACAGGCGUUAUGAUGGCAUUGAUGCAACAAAUAUCUUCCUUCACAAGGAAAACUCUGGUCAUGAGUUUCUCUUCCACCCUAAUAGUGGUGCUGCUGGAAAGUUUGGAGACUUGCAAACAGUUCGAGUUGGAAAACAUAAAGCCUUCUACAUCACAGGGGGAGCAGAAGCUUGCACUGGUGGAACCGGACCGGAGCAGCUCCACGACCCGCCUCUGAUAUUUGACUUGGAGCAUGAUGAGUCAGAGGAAACGCCCUUGCAGUUUGAUACACCUGAGUACAGAGCUAUUGCACAGAGGGUUGCACUCAAGAGAGAGGAACUCUUAUGGGAUAUUGCCACCGACAGUUCAGUUUCCACCGCAGACUACGAUCAAGAUGAGUUAGCAGCACCAUGCUGUGAUCACAGACAGGCUGUCUGUCGAUGUCCCACUUUGUGCUGAGGCCAGAAGGAAACAUGAAAAAAUAGCAAAGCGAUGCCAUGAAGUACGCAAACCU